GCCAACACCAAGAAGAGAGAGAGAGAGCUCUGCAACUCCAUACUCCAUAGCCAAGAAUAAGUUUAAGCUCAAGAAGGUCCAAGGAGGAAGUUUAAAGAAGGAAAAGGAGGAAAAGUGUGGUGUAUUAAGGUAUUCCUAGAGCUUUCACGGAGUUGAAAGAGUCGCCGGAGAAAUCGCCGGAGCUAGACAAAGUUUGCCGGAGUUUUGCCGGAGUUCAACCGAGAAGGGUUGAACUUCUUAAAGCUCAUUCGAGGCCGAAGUGUGGAAGAAGCAAAAAGAGAGCUACAAGAAAUGUAUGUGGGCGUUCCAGAUGAAUCUGUCAACCUUAGCUUCAACCACCUUCUUGUUGCGACGGCAAAGGAGGAGGAGCAGCCCAUACAAGACGUGGUGGAGGUUGCGCAGACGCAGCAACCACCGCGUACUGCGGUGGAAAACGGCGGGGUUGUUAUGAAAAAGUCUAAGUCAUGCAAAAGCAGCUUCCGGCCGGGGACUCCUCAUUCGAAUAGAUGCACUCUCUGUCGAACCUAUAUCUACUUUUUCCGGCACCGCUGUUUGGUGUGUGGAAGAGUUUAUUGUAGAGCGUGCAUGCGAAUCGGAAUGGGAGAGAUGUCUCAGGGCAGAAAAUGUGUUUCUUGUUUAGGUAGAAGGUUCCACCCAAGGUACAUACAAAUUGCUGGGCAGCUUGGAUUUUGCUGCAUGGGCUACCCAAGCACAGUGAAGCAACAAGAGCUUAAGUGGGCCGAAAUAGGGCCCAGUAUGGCACAAAUAGAUUAAUCCAACCAUUCCAGUGGGGGACAUGGGGAGUACAUAAAAUGAAUUUCGGAGUAAAAAGCUACAGAACUAAUGAAGAUAAUUAAUAGUUGGAGGAUUGAAUUAAAUUGUAAUUACAAUGUGUUUAACAAUAUAUAUAUGGAUGUAUAAAGUUAUUAGAAUAAUUGAGCUCAAAUAUACAUUUGCACAGCCUAUUAAUUAGUUAAACUAGACGCACGAGCUUUAUUUUACUUUUAUAAUAAAGUCCAACUUAUUUAUGCCAGAAGUGCACAAGUUGCCGUUAUGUACGAAUUUAUUAUUAUUGUUCUUGUUGGUAUUAUUUUCAUUAUUGAUAAAUAUUAAUAUCACCCUUGGAGUAGAUUUCCUAUUA